AUGCAGCUUUCUGUAUUCCUGAGCGCACUUAUAUCAUCUUUCGUCAUUCUUGUUGCAGCGUCACCCAUGCCUGGAGCCAUCUCAAAACGUUCUUUUGAGCGACGGGAACGAGGAGAACUUGACACAAACUUUCAACGUGAUCUCCUAGAAGAGGACAAGAAGCGCGAGGAGCUGAAGACCGACUUCAUAAUAUAUGCUUGGUAUGACGGCCCAGGCACUGGAGGUCCGAGAAAGGACCUCGGGUACGACGGGCACGACUAG